AUGUUUUCGCAAUAUCGGGACCAACCAGAAGAUAAGCCAAAGGAGGAGCGCGCGGCUGAACCAGUGACCAACAACAUCGCCGCCGAAGAGGGGUUGUUGGAGAUUAAUGUCAUCCAUGGUCGGCCUCAUCCGCCAGGGGGUCAACUGGCUCGAGCCCGAACCAAGAAGAGACAAGCUGAGAAAAUAAGACGUGUUUGUGGAAUUGCUUCAGCACCAGAAUCGGCCCAAUCAUUGGAGAAGGUCGGGAUCAUCUCAUUCACCCAGCGAGACCUUGAAGGAAUCCAAUUUCCCCACAACGAUGCACUGGUCGUGACUCUUCAAAUCGGAAAUUUGAAAGUCAUGAGGGUUAUGAUUGACGGCGAAAGCAGUGCAUAG